AUGAUUUUCGGUCUACUACGAGAAUUUGAUCCGUACGUUACAGAUUGGACAGUGUUCAAAAGUCAGCUAGAAAACUUCUUUUUCGCCAACAACAUAUCCAACGACAACUUUAAACGCGCCAUAUUUUUGAAUACUGUAAAUCAAGAAAGUUUCAAACUGUUAUUGACACUUUGCCAUCCGCUGAAACCAGAAAUCACCCCAUUCAGCAAGAUAUUAUCUCUAUUUGACCAUCAAUUCGCUGAUCCUUUAUUCUUGAGGAGAUUCGAGUUCUUCAACGCUAGGAGAGAUCAGGAAGAAUCCCUGGAUAAAUGGAUAGAGCGAGUCAAAUCUUUAGCCAGAGCCUGCGCAUUCGAUGGUUUAGAACUGGAUAAGUACUCUAAAGAAGUGUUUCUUAGCGGCUUGAACAAUUCCAGCUUCUUCCAAUUGUUCGAGAAUAUAGCUGAUGCCACUUUUGAAGAGUUUGUUGAAGUGGUGCGGAAGAACAUAGUUAUGAAUGACGAGGGUACCGAGGAUUGUUCCAGGUACUACAAUCAGGAACUUUGCUACAACCAAUUUUAUGCUGGACUAUGUCCAGGACCUAUCUAUUUUUCGUAUGGUGCGAUGGAAAGAUUCUGUGUCAAUCCAUAUCAUUAUCAACAAUAA